AUUUCGUCGCAGCUAAAUAACCCUAAACCCGAAUAGUACCCGCCAUACUCCUAAACCCUAGCGCAUCCGCCCCUUCCGGCCCAAACGCGUUAGCCAUGGCGACAACAGACGCCCCCGCCGCCGCCCCCGCCGCCCCCGCUCCAGCUCCCGCGGUUUCCCUCGACGAGACCAAGGCAAAGAAUGUCCUCCGCCAGGUGGAGUUCUACUUCAGCGACAGCAACCUCCCCCGCGACGGUUUCCUGCGGAAGACCGUCGAGGAAAGCGAGGAUGGAUUGGUGAGCUUGGCUCUUAUCUGCUCCUUCGCGAAGAUGAGGUCGCACCUUGGCCUAGAUGCCACCGUGAAGGAGGACGGCGUGCCAGAGACGACGGUGCUCGCGGUCGCCAAGGUGCUGCGGUGUUCCGCGGCCCUCCGUGUCUCUGAGGACGGGAAGAGAGUUGGGAGAGCUAACGAGUUGUUGAAGCCAGAUGAGAUUAUAGUGCAAAUUGACUCGAGGUCAAUUGCUGUGUCACCACUUCCUCACAACGUAAAGCUGGAAGAUGUUCAAUCUUUCUUUACUCAGUAUGGCAAGGUUAACAGCGUAAGGCUACCAAAACAUGUUUCUGACAAGAGGCAGUUCUGCGGCACAGCUUUGGUCGAAUUUUCGGAAGAAGAUGAAGCGAACAAUAUCAUGAAUAACAAACUUAGUUUUGCAGGAGCGGAUCUGGAAAUAAAAACAAAGAAGGAAUUUGAUGCUGAAAUGGAGGCUAAGAAAGAAGCUUAUGAGAAGUCGCACCCUAAUACACACCCUAAUAAAAACGGUCACGACGAAGGAUACCCAAAAGGUCUGAUUCUGUCUUUCAAGCUGAAGAGAAUUCUAGCUGAUGGUGACACAGAACAAAAUGGUGGGGACAAAGUUGAUAAUAGCAACAAGAAGGAAGGGGCUUCCGAUUCUGUGGAGGAAUCGGGGAAAGCUUCUGAAGAGAAGGCCCCUGAGAACACUGAUGCCAAGGAAGAGAAGUCAGAUGAUGCUGAGGAGUUGAAAGGGUCAGAUGCACAAUCUGUUAAAAAGGAUGAUAAAAGCCCUUCAGAAAAUGACAAGGAGCCAGUUUCAAGGGAGGACUUCAAAGAAUAUUUUGCCAAAUUUGGCACAGUGCGGUAUGUGGACUUCAGUAAGGGGGAUGAUUCAGGAUACCUUAGGUUUGAGGAAUCGACGGCCGCGGAAAAGGCCCGUGCAUUUGCAGCUCUUGCGGAUGAAGGUGGUUUGGUUAUGAAGGGCCACCUUGUCACUUUGGAACCUGUGUCUGGACAAGCUGAGAAAGAUUAUUGGAGUGGAAUAAAGGGUGGCCAAGGGAGAUUCAAUAACAAUAAUAGAAGCAACAGGGGAGGAAGGGACUGGAAGAACAACAGAGGUGGCGGCGGAAGGCACCACGGUGGUGGGAAGCGGGGUGGUCGCCACUCUGACAACCACGAAAGGGCUAACAAAGUCCAAAAGCUUGAUUCGUCUCCUUAGAUAGCCUGGAUCGGCCUAUACCAUCUUUUAGCCCUAGUGAGGAAAUGAAAGAUAUGUCUCCGGUGCCUGCCUGCUGCUGCCUCCAAAGCUUUGGAGGCGGCCUUUCUGUGUCUGGUUUAAAUUUUACCUGUGCUUUUUAAAGUCUGAACGACGGGUGUGCCAUGUUGACAAUGGAUGAAGAGAAGGAAAACUUUAUAUGCGGCUAAA